AUGAAGACUCUAAUCCAUUGCUUCUUUCUGCUAUCUGUGGCUGCGGCCCAAUCUUAUUCGCCUCUUGAACAGGUCAAUGUUCAGUCAAGCCUCCUUUCUGAUCCCAAAGCGGCCGCCGGACGAACAUUCGAUUACAUUAUUGCUGGAGGGGGGUUGACUGGGCUAACUGUUGCGGCCACACUGAGCAAGAACCCAGAAAUCAAUGUUCUUGUUAUUGAAAAGGGCUUCUAUGAGUCUAACGAAGGAGCUAUUAUUGAGAACCUCAAUGACUACGGUACCAUAUUUGGCAGCAGCGUCGACCAGGCUUACGAAACUGUGCCUCUGGGAAUCAACAAUCGUUCUCAGAACAUCAGGGCUGGCAAUGGUCUUGGAGGUUCGACUUUGAUCAACGGUGGUUCAUGGACCAGUCCGGACAAGGUUCAAAUCGAUUCUUGGGAGAAAGUUCUCGGGAAUAAGGGCUGGAAUUGGGCAAAUCUGUUCCAGUACAUCAAGAAAGCUGAAGUAUCGCGGCCUCCGAAUGAAGCUCAGAUUGCGGCUGGGCAUUACUACGAACCUGCUUGUCAUGGAACGAAUGGUACUGUUCAUACCGGGGUCCGUGACAAUGGAGAGCAAUACUCUCCGAUCAUCAGGGCUCUUAUGAAUACUAGUACAGAGCGAGGGGUUCCCAUCCGGAAAGAUUUACACUGUGGUCAUCCUCGGGGAGUCUCCAUGCUCCCUAACACUCUGCACGAGGACCAGACUCGGUCAGACGCUGCGCGAGAGUGGCUCCUCCCCAAUUAUAAGCGCCCUAAUCUGAAGAUUCUGACCGGUCAAUAUGUCGGAAGAGUUCUGAUGAAUGAAACAUCAUCAGGCCCAAAGGCAGUCGGGGUGAACUUCGGGACGAACAAGCAUGUCAAUUUCAAUGUGUAUGCGAGACAUGAGGUUCUGCUAGCAGCUGGGUCUCUCGUCUCUCCCUUGAUUCUGGAACAGUCCGGCAUCGGUCUGAAAGAUGUCCUCGACGCCGCUGGUGUUGAGCAAGUGGUGGAUCUUCCUGUUGGACUCAACAUGCAGGAUCAAACCACCACUACGGUCACAUCUCGGGCUACUGCAGCUGGGUACGGCCAGGGUCAAGCCAUCUACUAUGCCUCUUUUAACGAGACAUUUGGUGACUACGCCCCUCAGGCUAUUGAACUACUCAAUACCAAGCUCGAAGAAUGGGCAGAAGAGACGGUGAAUCGGGGCGGGUUCCACAACCAUACUGCCCUCAAGAUUCAAUACGAGAACUACCGCCAAUGGCUACUCCAGGAGGACGUUGCCUAUACAGAACUAUUCCUUGACACGGAGGGCAAAAUAAGCUUCAGCGUGUGGGAUCUUAUUCCCUUCACUCGCGGAAGCAUACACAUUCUCUCCAACGAUCCUUACCUCCGCCAGUUCUCGAACGAUCCAAAGUACCUCCUCAACGAGCUUGAUGUACUGGGCCAAGCCGCCGCGUCCAAACUUGCGCGCGAGGUUUCCAGCAGUGGAGAGAUGCAGACAUAUUUUGCAGGGGAGACUGUCCCUGGAUAUGCUUUGGCAUACAACGCGACACUAAAUCAGUGGGCGGAAUACGUCAAACAAAAUUUCCGCGCGAACUGGCACGCCGUGGGUACAUGUUCGAUGAUGGCGCAAGAACUUGGUGGCGUGGUCGAUUCUGCCGCUCGUGUUUAUGGUGUCCAGGGUCUUCGUGUAAUUGAUGGUUCCAUUCCUCCAACCCAGGUAUCCUCCCAUGUCAUGACUGUCUUCUACGCUAUGGCUUUGAAGAUCAGCGAUCAUAUUCUGGCGGAUUAUAACUCCCAUUAAGGUCUUGUUCUGUGUUUGGCUUUUUUUGUCUUUCUUUUCCCUGGCUAUUCAGAUUAGGCAACUUUCCUCCGGUCGAACAAUCAUAAAUACUGAUAGCUGGAGGUUUUCUCCGUACUUGGUGUCCUGUCGAGG